CUUCCGUUGUCGUUGUGGCUGCUCCAGCUCCACCUCUGGGCGGUGCUUACGUGCUCUGGGCGUGUCGUGCGCGAUGCGGUUGAGGGCGAAUUACGUCAGUUACAGUCAACGAGGAGAACAGAUGACGGUGACCCGCUGAAGCUGUGAUGAUGCUGUCACGUCUCUUCAGGCUCCAUGGCCUGUUCGUCGCCUCUCAUCCGUGGGAGGUGAUCUUGGGAACGGUUGCUGUGACCAUGUGUCUGAUGUCCAUGAAUGCUUUCGCUACCAGUGACCAGAUCUGUGGAUGGAACCAUCAGUGUCCCAAACUACAGGAGAAAAUUCUAAGCAGCGACAUGAACAUUUUAACCAUUACGAGAUGUGGAGCCAUCAUUUACAUCUACUUCCAGUUCAGAAACCUCCGUCAGCUCGGCUCCAAAUACAUACUGGGUAUCGCUGGUCUGUUCACCAUCUUCUCCAGCUUUGUGUUCAGCACUGUGGUCGUUCAGUUUCUGGGCAAAGAGCUCACAGGACUGAAUGAGGCGCUGCCAUUCUUCCUGUUGCUGAUUGAUCUGUCUAAAGCCUGCACACUGGCCAAGUUUGCUCUCAGCUCAAACUCACAGGAGGAGGUCAGAGAGAAUAUCGCUAAAGGCAUGGCCAUCCUGGGACCCACAUUCACCCUGGACGCGGUGGUGGAGUGUCUGGUCAUCGGUGUGGGAACAAUGUCUGGUGUGCGUCAGCUGGAGAUCAUGUGCUGUUUCGGCUGCAUGUCGGUUCUGGCCAAUUACUUUGUGUUCAUGACCUUCUUCCCCGCCUGUGUGUCGCUGGUGUUAGAGCUAUCCCGUGAGAGUCGUGAGGGUCGGCCCAUCUGGCAGCUCAGCCAUUUCGCUCGUGUUCUGGAGGAAGAAGAGGGAAACAAACCAAACCCUGUCACUCAGAAAGUCAAAAUGAUCAUGUCUUUAGGUCUGGCGCUGGUUCACGCUCGCAGUCGACUCGUGAAUGAAUCUCCGACGCACAACAUGAGCAGUUCAGACGUGGUUCUGCCUGCAACGAACAUGGAGUCCGACAGAACCAUGUCCAGUGUGGAUCUGGAGCAGGUCAUCACGCUCUCUCUCGCUCUGUUAUUGGCGGCCAAGUACGUGUUUUUUGAGCAGGCCGAAACAGAAUCCUCCCUGUCGAUUAAAUCCCAUGUGGCCACGCCCAACUGCUCCCUGACCAAUAGGAGAGGAGGAGAGGAGCGCUGUCAGAGGGUUUCGGCCCUGCCCAAAGCCCUGAUGGGGGUCCCUACGAAUAAAAGUAAACGAGAGCCGCCUGAUCUGUCAGAUGGAAACCGUGAGGAGGAAAUAACCGAUGAGCUCCAGUCUCACCAGCGCCGCCCUGUGGACGAAUGUCUGAUGAUUCUUAAAGACCCCAAAGGAGCUUGUUGCCUGACUAACGCUGAGGUGAUGGCAUUAGUGGAGUGCAGGGGCAUUCUGGGAUACCGUCUGGAAGCAGUGAUGGAGAGUCCAGAAAGAGGUGUGGCCAUACGCAGAGAAAUGCUGUCCGCCAAACUCCCGGAUAGGUCUGCGCUGGAGAACCUGCCCUACAGACACUACGACUACUCGAAGGUGAUUGGCACUAACUGUGAGAAUGUGAUUGGCUAUGUACCUGUGCCAGUGGGCGUGGCCGGACCACUCCUAUUGGACGGGAAAGAAUUCCACGUCCCCAUGGCAACGACGGAAGGCUGUUUAGUGGCCAGCACUAACCGAGGAUGCAGAGCCGUCACAUUGUCGGGUGGCGUGAGCAGUCGUGUUCUGGCGGAUGGAAUGACUCGAGGGCCGGUGGUUCAGAUGCCGUCGGCAUGUCGGGCGGCGGAGGUCAAGGGCUGGCUGGAGAGUCCAGAAGGGUUCAGUGCCAUCAAACAAUCCUUCGAUCACACCAGCAGGUUUGCUCGUCUGGACCGGCUGCAGGUCAGUUUGGCCGGGAGAAACCUGUACAUCCGCUUGCAGUCUCAGACCGGAGACGCCAUGGGCAUGAACAUGCUGUCAAAGGGAACAGAACAGGCUCUGAGCAGACUUCAGGAGCGUUAUCCUGACAUGCGCAUGCUAGCCGUCAGCGGGAACUACUGCACCGAUAAAAAACCAGCCGCUGUCAACUGGAUCCACGGCAGAGGAAAGUCCACCGUGUGUGAAGCAGUCGUACCAGCACGAGUCAUCAAAGAGGUGUUGAAGAGCAGCACAGCGGCUCUGGUGGAGCUGAACAUCAGUAAGAAUCUGGUGGGUUCAGCGAUGGCCGGGAGCAUCGGGGGGUUCAACGCUCAUGCGGCAAACAUCGUAGCGGCCAUUUACAUCGCCUGCGGACAGGAUCCGGCACAGACGGUGGGCAGCAGUAACUGCAUCACCCUGAUGGAGUGUGUUGGGAUGGAUGGAGAGGAUCUGUAUGUGUCCUGCACCAUGCCCUCAUUAGAGCUGGGAACUGUGGGAGGAGGAACCGGGCUGCCUGCACAACACGCAUGUUUGCAGAUGUUGGGAGUUCACGGCUCCAGUGAUCUGUGUCCCGGUGAGAACUCGCGGACGCUGGCGCGGAUCGUCUGUGCCACGGUUCUGGCCGGAGAGCUCUCUCUGAUGGCCGCUCUCGCCGCCGGACACCUCGUCAAGAGUCACAUGACUCACAACAGGUCGAAAGCCAAUCUUCGAGAGACUGAACCGCAGCCGAAUGAAGCAUCCUGAAGAACAGAGAACUCUGGGAAACGGAGUCUGUGUGGUUUCUCGUGAUUAUUCUCAGGGCGUCUGAAGACACGGCCUGCAGGAGUGACAGGUGUCUGGAGGAGUUCUCUUCUGUGAAGCAGCUGGGGAACACUAAUGCUUGACGUUUGAGUUGUGCCUCAUUUUUGUAAGGCGGCUACAAGAGUAAAUGAGCGACAUGCUGCUGCGUUUGUGACUCGAUUGCUGCUCGUUUCACUCAAUCUGUGUCUGUUUAGUCUUGCACUAAAAGCCAAAACAAGUCAAAGUUUAUAUUGCUUGAUAGUGAAAACUGCAGAAAAUGGGACGUGAAAACAGGCUUUUUUGCACACAGGUGGACAAUUUCUAGACUAGAAAUCAUGAUCUGAGAUCAGAGUUUGAUGGGGAAUUUUGCAGGUUGGAUCUUCAGUUUUUGAAGGAAUGUAUUUAAUUCACUUUUAAUCACGCCAAACUCACUGUGACAAACCUUAUACUGACGGUGCUACUGUACUUUAAUAAUAGUAAUUUGAGUUUAUGAAUCUGAGUGUGAAUGUGGCUGUUACGUAACUAAAGAAAAGGGUCUGAUGGUGUUGCGUUUCUGUUGCCUCUGUAUGAAUUUAUGACUUCUUGUCAACAAAUCCUUUCAAUUUCUGACCAUAGAAAGUGCCGAUGAAGCCAUAUCUGUCUUUUAAACUUGCUUUGUCUUGCUUAUUUAUCUUGUCACUUUCACUUUAUUUCUUGCUAAACCACUGAUCAGAUGAGCAUAUUUUUAAAUUACAGUAUUUUUGUUAACGGUUUUAAAAGAAUUAAACUGUACAAAUAAACAUGAACAGAGCAU